UGAUCGGUAAAUUCGUUCCAUUUUAUUUUUCAAUUGUGGAAUAUCAAUUUUAAGACGUUCUGUUCUGUUAUGGCUGCGACCGAUGAUUUUUCUGGUUCUACCUCUGUUGAUAUUAACAAGCCAUUUCGCUUUGAGGGUUUGCACUUUAAGCGUUGGAAACAGAAGAUGCUUUUUUAUCUGACCAUGAAGAAGGUGGCGUUUGUGCUCACUGCUCUGAAGCCGGUUGUCCCUGAAGCCUCGACCGACAAGGACAAUCAGACUGAACGUGAGAAGCAACAGAAGGACUUGGACUCCUGGGUGGAAAACGAUUUCCUAUGUAAGAAUUUUAUUCUUAACGGUUUAUCUGAUGAUCUUUAUGACUAUUAUAACUCAGACAAGUCAGCAAAGGAGAUUUGGGAGGCGCUACAAAAGAAAUAUGAUACAGAGGAGGCGGGGACUAAAAAAUACGUUGUUAGUCGCUACCUGAAGUAUCAGAUGGUUGAUGAUAAAUCUGUGGAGGCCCAAUCUCACGAAAUUCAGAAAAUUGCUCAUGAGAUUAUCUCAGAAGGCAUAAGACUAAGGAAUUUUCCUUAGAAAGUUUGAUCACCCGCCUUCGUAUCGAGGAGGAAGCAAGGAAACAAGACCAGAAAGAAGAGGUGCUUGUUGUCUCUAACAGCAUCCCUAAGAAGCCCACACCUGCGGUUCUGAAGCCAAAUGGCAAAACCUUUAAGAAUCAGAACCGUAACUCGAAUUCAAAUUCCAACCGCAACAACCAGCACAAUCCUCGAAACAACAAUCAGAAUUGGAACCAUAACAGGAACCAACA